ACCAAAUUUUCCUUGUCGGAUCAUCACAACUUAUUAUCAUCAAUUAAUUGUGUUUGCCAAAGAGAUGAAUCCUACCGUUCCAGCAUCAAUUACCAAUGCUCAAGAAUUGGAGCAAGUUUUGCUCUGUUUGAUGGUUCCAGACAGCAAUAUUAUUAAACAAGCCGAAGGUGUUGUUAAAUUGUUCAUGAAACAAAAGGAAUGUUUAGUCGGAUUUGUUUCUCAGAUUAAGGGAUCUUCACAUAUUGGUGUUAGACAAUUGAGCGCAGUCUUGAUGCGUUUAAAGUUGAAGAAUCAUUGGAAGAAAAUUGAACAACAAACAAAGGAAGAAAUUAAACAAAAUCUUUUGGAAGCCUUGUUGGCUGAAGCUACUCACCUUGUGAGAACAUCAUUAAUUGAACUCAUCGGUGUCUUGUCUUGUUAUGAAAUUUCGUCGUGGCCAGCACUUCCACAAUUCUUGAUGCAAUGUGUACAACAUGAACAAUCUGCUUUUAGAGAACUUGGUGUUUCACUUUUCAACGUCCUUGUUGAAAACAGUCCAGAAGAAAUGCUUUCAAACUUUAACCAAUUGUUGGGAGUUUUACAAAAGAGUUUGGUUGAUACUGAUUCCAAUGUCAGAAUUGCUGCUUUGAAGGGUAUUCGUAACUUGGUUUUGGAAAUUGAAAGUCCAAAUGAAGAUGAAGGACCAGCCCAACCAAAUGCACAACUCGAUGGUGUUAUUCAAACUAUUCCACAAAUUGUUGAAGCUUUAAAGACUUGUAUUGCUGAAGGUAAGGAUGAAGAAGCUGCCAACUCCUUUGAAAUUUUCGACGAAUUGGUUGAACACAAAUCAACUGCUUUCGAUACCAUUGUUCCAAACUUGUUAAAUUUCAUGUUUGAAAUUGCCCUUAACACUGAUUUGAAGGAAGAUUUGAGAGGAAAGGCCACUACAUUUGUUGAAUGGUGUAUUUCUUACAAACCAAAGUUGAUGAUCAAGAUUGAAGUUAUUCCACACAUGUUGAACGUUGCUUUCAAAUUGAUGAGUGAAACCAAUGAAGAUGAACUUGAAGACAGUUAUAUUGCUGAUGAUGAUGAAUUAACUCCAUACGAUCUUGGUUCCUCAAUGAUUGAUAAUGCUGCUGUUGAAAUUCCUAGCAAGUAUAUUUUCAGAGAUAUCAUUGAAAGAGCUGUUCCAUUGUGUCAAAGCGCCAAUCUCUUUGAAAGAAGAGCUGGUAUUACUGCUUUGGGUGUUGUUGCUGAAGGUUGUCAAGAACCUGCUAAGGCCAACUUGGAACAAAUUAUUGCUUUGAUUGGUAGUGGUUUCAAUGAUCAAAGUAAGGUUGUUAGAGCUGCUGCUAUUUUGGCUACUUCAAGCUUGGCUGAAUUCUGUCAACCAGAAAUUUUGGAACAUGCUGACAAGCUUGUUCCUUUCAUUAUUCACAAUCUUGAUGACAAGUCAUUCGAAAUUAAGGAAAAGUCUGCCUACAGUUUGGACAUUUUCACUCAACAUAUGGAAGGUGAAAAGAUCAAGCCAUACCUUGAAAUGAUUUUGCAAAAGUUCUUCUCUAUUUUGAAUAGUAAUGAUAGAAAGGCUCAAGAAGUUGCUAUUGCUGGUAUCAGCGCUGCUGCUAAUGCUGCUGGUAAAUUCUUUGAACCAUACUUUAAUCAAUUCAUUGUCAUGAUGAAGCAAUUGAUGGAAGCUGAAGGAAGUGACAUUUUGGUCAUGAAAUCCAGAGCUACUGAAUGUGUUGGUAUUAUUGCUUUCGCUGUUGGUAAGCAAGUUUUCGCUCCAUAUGUUCAACCAUUCAUGCAAUUGGCCUUUGCUAACCUUCAAAAGAAUAAUACUUCUGAAUUCAAGGAAUAUACCUUCAUGUUCUUUGAAAGUAUGGCCAUGACUUUGGGUCAAGAUUUCCUUCCAUACCUCGAAAGUGUUGCCACUUAUGUUAUUGAACAAGUUUGUGCUGAUGAUAACAUUUUCGAUGUUGAAGGUACUCAAGGAAACUCUAUUGAAUCAUAUGGUGCCAAUUUGGCUGAUGAUGGUGAUUCUGAAGAUAUUGAUGAAGAAGAUGAUGAUGAUAUGGGUGGUUUCGAUGGUUCUAACUAUAAGCUCACUGUUAGAACUUCUGCUUUGGAUGAAAGAACUGCUGCCAUUUCUGCUGCUUGUCAAAUUGCUAAGGCUGUUGGUCCACACUUUGGUAAAUAUCUCCACCAAACUGUUGACGCUGUUGUUGGUUAUGCUGACCACUUCCACUAUUCCAUUAGAAGACAAACUAUGACUUCUAUCAGAAAUCUUAUCUAUGCUGCUGUUCCAACUCUUGAAAAUCAAGUUGACAAUCAAGAACUCAACGAAGAUCAAUUAAUUGUUGUUAACAAGGUUUUGGACGUUUUGGUCAAGAUUUUGACUACUGAAGAAGAUAAGGAAACUGUUGCCAGAUCAUGUGAAAGUAUUAUUGAAAUUUCUCACAAGUUUGGUCUCCUUGUUUUGGGUAGACAUAUUACUGAAAUCAUGGAUGGUGUUAUUCAACUUCUCAGAAAUAACACUCCAUGUAACAGUUCUGAAAUGGAAGAUGAAAGUGAUCACGACAUUGUCCUCAUUGACGUUGUUGCUGACAUUGUUGACACUGUUGCUGGUCUCUUGGGUCCAUCCUUUGCUCCAUUCUUUGAAAAGGUUUUCCCAGAUUUGAUGAAGUACUUGCAACCAACUAGACCUGUUGGUGACAGAAUUAUGGCUUUGGGUACCAUUUGUGAAAGUUUCAACUCUCUCCAAGAACACAUGAAGCCAUACGUUCAACAUGUCUUGCCAAUUAUUUUGAAUACUAUCAGAGAUGAUAACUACAAUGUCAAGAGAAACUCAAUCUAUGGUGUUGGUGUUGUCGGUUUCUUCAAUAAGGAUGAAGUCCAACCACACAUGAUGAAGGUUUUGGGUGCUUUGCAUCCAAUCUUUGUUGAAAAGAGCAAGCAUCAUCCAGCUGUUGUUGAUAAUGCUUGUGGUGCUAUUGCUAGAUUUAUUGCUUGUGGAAUUCAAAUGCCACUCGAUCAAGUUUUGCCAGUCUUUUUAGAAGCCAUGCCAUUGAGAGAAGAUCACGAAGAAGCUCCAAUUUGUUACACUGCUCUCUCCAUGUUACUCGAAAAUCCAACUCCAAUUGCUUCAGUUUUACCAAAGGUCUUCCAAAAACUUGUAGAAGGUUUGUCCUUACCAGUUGAAAAGCUCAAGGAUAAGCAAAAGCAAGGCAUUGUUGAAAGUAUCAGAAAAUUCUCUCAACAAUAUCCACAACAAAUCCAACAAAUGAUUUCAACUCUCUCAUCUCAAGAACAACAAGCUCUUCAACAAAUCCUUUAAUUUAUUCCAAAUGUCUAACCAGAUGAUUCACUGAACUGUAUCAUUAAAACAGCCUUCUCUCAAGUAAAUAAUAAAAUCAUUAAAAUUUCUCAAA